AUGGCUCGCGCAAUCCAGCCCCCGGCCCAUCUCCCCGACCUCGUCAAACGCGCGUUUGCCCAAGCCCGCGCGGCUGGGUCCCUGCACUACUUCCCGAGCCGCGUCGCCCUCGUCCCCGUCGGAUCCAUCCCCUUCCAGCUUCGCUUCGCGCCGUCCCUCGCCGCCAAGCCCAAGGCCGCCCCCACGUCCGAUGCCGCAGCCCGCGCCGACGACCCGUUUGCCCGCCCCCCGCCGUCGCUGUACCUGGCCGCCCUCGGCCCGUCGCACUACCUCGUGCUGAACAAGUUCGCCAUCGUGCCGGAGCACUUCAUCCUCGCCACCACGCGCUUCGAGCCGCAGACGCACGUCCUGGAGCCCGCGGACCUCGAGUGCGCCCUCGCCUGCGUCGAGGCCUACGCGCACCACGACAACGACGACGACGCCGGCGGCCUCUUCGCCUUCUUCAACUGCGGCGAGCACUCGGGCGCCAGCCAGCCCCACCGGCAUAUCCAGCUGCUGCCCGUGGCCGCCAUGCGGCACGGCCUGGGCGGCGGCGGCGACGACGACGACGCGUGGACCGUCCUCGCCGACCGGCCGGACCUGCGCGCCGCCCCGUUUGCCGUCUUCUCGGAGCCGAUCCGUCUGGGCAUGCCGGCGGCGGAGCUGCACGACGCCUACGUGCGCCUGUAUCGCAGGGCGUGCGGGGCCGUCGAGGCGCAGCAGAGGGGGCAGGUCCAGGUCGAGGGCGCGGCGGAGGCGGAGGCGGAGGCGGAGGCGCCGGCCCGCGGGCCCUCGCGCAUCAGCUACAACUUGGCCAUGACGAGCAAGACGCUGGCGCUGUGUCCCAGGCUGGCGGACGGCGGCGCCGUGCUGGCGGACGACGGGAGCGAGGCCGGCAGGCUGGCCCUGAACGGCACCCUGCUGGCCGGCACGGCGCUGGUGAAGAAUGAGCUGGAGUGGGACGCUCUGAGGCACGAGCCGGCGAGGCUGGGCCGCGUGUUGAGGGGGGUUGGCGUAGCGCGCGACAGUGGAAACGGCUGA